CACUUAAAAAAAAUCCAAGGGUAUCCAGCAUAUGUUUGCGUGUAGCCACUUUAUCUUUAUUUGAUUUAUUUUGCUCUUGUUUUUUCACAAAAAGGCGCGGCUCACAUUUCUCAAGAAACGCUAGGGUUUAAGCUCUUUUUCUCUGCAACUUGGUUACUUUUUACAAAUACUACUUGCCAAUCCACUAGGGUUUAAAGGAGAAAAAACCAAUUUCAAAGGUGUAGGAACUUUUUCAAGUGUAGUAUUUGGACGCGAAAAUGCAGUCUUGCAGUGGAACUGCUGUUAUGGGUUCUAUACAACAGCCUGCUUGGACCAAAGGGUCACCCCUCCUUCAAAAAAGGUUCGGUGUUAUUGGGUUUCCACAUCAGAUUAAGCUCAAUUCGGUGAAGCCUUGUAGAUACGUCAAUAUUGAAGGGAGCUUGGCCACUGGGAGGCCACCCUCUUCUGUGUCUGUCCCUGAAGUUGGAGGUGGCAGUAGUAGUUUUGUAGAUUAUGGUCUAAGUGAAGCAGAUCCUGAAGUGCGUGAAAUUAUUGAGAAGGAGAAGAAUAGGCAGUUCAAAAGCCUUGAAUUAAUUGCCUCAGAGAAUUUUACAUCCCGAGCAGUGAUGGAAGCAGUUGGCUCAUGCCUCACAAACAAGUAUUCUGAAGGACUGCCUGGUAAAAGAUACUAUGGUGGCAAUGAGUACAUUGAUGAGCUCGAAACUCUUUGUCAAGAAAGGGCUUUGGCUGCUUUUCAAUUAGAUGGAAAGAAGUGGGGCGUUAACGUCCAACCAUUGUCUGGUUCUCCUGCUAAUUUUGAGGUUUACACUGCACUCCUUAAACCGCAUGACAGGAUAAUGGGCUUGGACUUACCUCAUGGAGGACAUUUGUCUCAUGGGUUCAUGACUCCUAAAAGAAGGGUAUCUGGCACAUCAAUUUAUUUUGAAUCUAUGCCAUAUCGACUUGAUGAAUCUACAGGCCUGGUUGAUUAUGACAUGCUUGAGAAAACAGCUAAUCUCUUCCGACCAAAGCUCAUUAUUGCUGGUGCUAGUGCUUAUCCUCGAGAUUUUGACUAUCCUCGCAUGAGGAAGAUUGCAGAUGCUGUUGGCGCUUUUCUCAUGAUGGACAUGGCUCACAUAAGUGGACUUGUUGCUGCUUCUGUGGUUGCUGAUCCCUUUCAAUAUUGUGAUAUUGUGACCACAACCACUCACAAGUCUCUACGGGGUCCUAGAGGUGGCAUGAUCUUCUUCAAAAAAGAUCCUGUCCUUGGAGUUGAUAUGGAAUCAGCCAUCAAUAAUGCUGUUUUUCCAGGCCUACAGGGUGGUCCUCAUAACCACACAAUUGGGGGACUAGCAGUUUGUCUGAAGCAUGCACAAUCCCCUGAGUUCAAAAAUUAUCAAAAGCAGGUCAUCUCCAACUGUAGAGCUCUUGCAAAGCGAUUGGUUGAAUUAGGAUAUAAACUGGUUUCUGGUGGGAGUGAUAAUCACCUCGUUCUUGUAGACUUGAGGCCACUUGGCAUUGAUGGAGCUCGGGUGGAGAAAAUUCUUGAUAUGGCAUCAAUUACACUCAACAAAAAUUCAGUUCCUGGCGAUAAGAGUGCUCUAGUUCCUGGUGGCAUUCGCAUUGGAUCACCUGCUAUGACUACCAGAGGAUUCACUGAGAAAGAAUUUGUAGCUACUGCUGAUUUUAUUCACGGGGGUGUGCAAUUAACAAUUGAAGCGAAAAAAUCAGCUCCGGGAUCAAAGCUUCAAGAUUUCUUGAAGUUUGUUGCAUCUCCUGACUUCCCGAUGAUGGAUAAAGUGUCAGAUCUCCAGGCUAAAGUUGAAGCCCUUACAACUCAAUUCUCUAUUCCUGGAGUAUGAAUAUAUGGCAAAAAUACGUAGGUUGCUGUUAUUAAUUUCUGGAAUAUGAUUUAUAAGUUUAUAUUUAAGCUUAAAGUAUCUACAGCAUAUUAGGAGAACAAGAAUUGGAGAAUAAUGCUUUAUAUAUCUCCACUGAUCAUGCAAGGACAUAGGUAUCUUGAAAGGCAACAAUGUCAUAAAUUUUUUUGGCUUUUCUAUAUAUAUGAGCUAAUUUUAACUUAUGCUUCA